AUGUUAAACGAUAAAUAUGAGCUAUAUCUUGAUUAUCAGCUCAUUGCACAAACAACGUCUGCUGAAGAGGAAAUAUCAGUGCUACUUUGUUUAUAUAAUAUUUUCCAAAUAAAAUUCACACGUCAUUCUCGUGGUAUUAAUUUAUUGUAUGGUAUAAUGUUUCAAGAUCAAAAUGAGCUUAGCAAAUCAUUGAGAAAGCUCCUUUUAUCAUGGGAUUAUAUAAUUACAAACAAAUCAAUUUUUGAUCAACAUAAAACUACAAAAACAACGGUGGACAAUAUCAUUAUCAUUCAAAGUACAACAUCAAUUGAAACCAAUAAAAAUGAUUUAAAUGUUUUAGAAGAAACGUGUUUUAUUCAAAAUCAACAAGUAAAUAAUGUUUGUCAUGAGCCCACAAUCAAUCAUUCAUUUAAUUAUACACAAGAAUUGGUUGCCAAGGAAAAUACAUAUACAGUAUCAAACACACCGAAAGAUGAGUUUAUCUCAUCGGGAAAACAAUCCACAGCUGCUCCUAGAGAUCUAAAUAUUUUUCAAACAAUUGAGAAAAGUUCUUUCGAUACUGAAGCAACAAUUAUAUCAACACAGCAUCCAAGCAAACGUAAAAAGACAACAUCCAAUAAUGAAGCAACAACAUUAUCACGUCGUCGACAACCCAAGAGAUCUCGUUUAUCAUAA